GCUUCAUUCUGAGCCUAGCCCGGUGCUGAGCGCGGCUGCUCGGUAGGCGGCGGCCUGAGCUCCAGGCAGCUCUCUCCCCCUCCCGGUCUUAACCCUCCCAGCGCGGCCAGCAUGAAAGCCUUCAGCCCCGUGCGAUCCGUUAGGAAAAGCAGCUUCUCGGACCACAGCCUGGGCAUCUCCCGGAGCAAGACCCCCGUGGACGACCCGCUGAGCCUGCUGUACAACAUGAACGACUGCUACUCCAAGCUCAAGGAGCUGGUGCCCAGCAUCCCUCAGAACAAGAAGGUGAGCAAGAUGGAAAUCCUGCAGCACGUCAUCGACUACAUCCUGGACCUGCAGAUCGCGCUGGACUCGCACCCCGCCAUCGUCAGCCUUCACCACCCGAGGCCCGGGCAGAACCCGGGGUCCCGGACGCCGCUGACCACGCUCAACACCGACAUCAGCAUCCUGUCCCUGCAGGCUUCCGAGUUCCCCGCGGAGUUGAUGUCCGGAGACAGCAAAGCGCUCUGCGGCUGAGCUCGUCUCUUACAGGUGUCCAGGACGUUCUUCCUCUGUUUUCUUUUUUGCACAACAACAAGAAGCCCACAGCAUCUCCCUCCAGGCCGAGCUCGCGUCCGACCUUCUGUCCGGAGGACACCGGGCGAACGGACCUUAGAAAGCAAGGAAGAGACAAAAGCAAGUGCGGGGAACUGGGAGGGGGCCGGCCCGCUUCCGGGGCCCGCUCGCUCUCCGGCCUGGACUGUGAUACUUGUUAUUUAUGAAGAGACUUUUCAUGUCCUUUCUGUAGCUGGAAGGCCUUCUUUAUAUGUACUGUCCCCACCGCGGGGAGUGA